UGCGCGAGGCGCCCCGGCGGCGAUGACGUAGCCCUGUUGCGGCCUCAGCUACCCGCGAGCGCAGCGCGGGCGGCGCCUGCCACCCCGGUCGCGCGGCUCCGCUUUGUCCCGGGCCUGUCCCUUGGCCGUGCCGCCCGCAGCCCCGCGUCGCGCUGGCGUCGUCCUCGUCUCCGCCGGCGCCCCGGCGCGAGCCGGACGGCGAGGCCAUGGAUGCAGAGCUGGUGGUGACGCCUCCGGGCUGUGCGCACCUGGGCAGCUUCAAGGUGGACAACUGGAAGCAGAACCUGCGCGCCAUUUACCAGUGCUUCGUGUGGAGCGGCUCGGCGGAGGCCCGCAAGCGCAAGGCGAAGUCGUGCGUGUGUCACGUGUGCGGCGUCCACCUGAACCGGCUGCACUCGUGCCUCCACUGCGUCUUCUUUGGCUGUUUCACGAAGAAGCACAUUCACGAGCACGCCAAGUCGAAAAGGCACAACCUGGCCAUAGAGCUUAUGUAUGGAGGUAUCUACUGCUUUUUGUGUCAGGACUACAUUUAUGACAAAGACAUAGAAAUCAUUGCCAAAGAGGAACAGCGGAAAGCUUGGAAAAUGCAAGGCGUCGGGGAGAAGUUUUCAACGUGGGAGCCCACCAAACGGGAGCUCGAGCUGCUGAAACACAACCCCAAGCGACGGAAGAUCACGUCCAACUGCACCAUAGGUCUCCGCGGCCUCAUCAACCUCGGGAACACGUGCUUCAUGAACUGCAUCGUGCAGGCGCUGACACACACGCCGCUGCUGCGCGACUUCUUCCUGUCUGACCGCCACCGCUGCGAGAUGCAGAGCCCUGGCUCCUGCCUGGUCUGCGAGAUGUCCUCCCUCUUCCAGGAGUUCUACUCGGGGCACCGGUCCCCCCACAUCCCGUACAAGCUGCUGCACCUGGUGUGGACGCACGCCCGGCACCUGGCGGGCUACGAGCAGCAGGACGCACACGAGUUCCUCAUCGCGGCCCUGGACGUCCUGCACCGGCACUGCAAAGGUGACGAUAACGGGAAGAAGGCCAGCAACCCUAACCACUGCAACUGCAUCAUAGACCAGAUCUUCACGGGGGGGCUGCAGUCGGACGUCACCUGCCAAGCGUGCCAUGGGGUCUCCACCACCAUCGACCCCUUCUGGGACAUCAGCCUGGACCUGCCCGGCUCUUCCACACCCUUCUGGCCACUGAGCCCUGGGAGCGAGGGCAGCGUGGUGAACGGAGAGAGCCACGCGUCGGGAACCACGACCCUCACGGACUGCCUGCGGAGAUUUACCAGACCAGAGCACUUAGGAAGCAGCGCCAAGAUCAAGUGUAGCGGUUGCCACAGCUACCAGGAGUCCACAAAGCAGCUCACCAUGAAGAAGCUGCCCAUCGUGGCCUGUUUCCACCUCAAACGGUUCGAACACUCGGCCAAACUCCGGCGCAAGAUCACCACCUACGUGUCCUUCCCCCUGGAGCUGGACAUGACCCCCUUCAUGGCCUCCAGCAAAGAGAGCAGGAUGAACGGGCAGUACCAGCAGCCGGCGGACGGUCUCGGCAACGACAACAAGUACUCCUUGUUUGCGGUGGUCAACCACCAGGGGACCCUGGAGAGUGGCCACUACACCAGCUUCAUCCGGCAGCACAAGGAUCAGUGGUUCAAGUGCGACGACGCCAUCAUCACCAAGGCUAGCAUUGCAGACGUGCUGGACAGCGAGGGGUACCUGCUGUUCUACCACAAACAGUUCCUGGAGUACGAGUAGCCGUCGGCGCACCGGCAAGGCCCCCGACGUCACCCGGGGGCGCGGGGGCGCGCUGUGUACGCGCUUGGCAAGAGGCGGGCCGGGGGGGGCAGAGGAGACGUGCGCCCGAGUGUCUCCUGUGUCCCCUGCGGGCCGGGGCGGGCGCAGCCCCCGUGCCCGCCGUUCCACGCUGUGGCCCAGAAAGCAGGAGGUGGAGGAGACGCAGGCCUCGCGGGUCCUCCUCUCGGUGAGUUUGGUGUCCGCGCGCGGCGCGGACCGGCCGUGACCCCGGAGCCUGUGGAGCUGAAGACCCCGUGGCGCCUCCGAGCACGUCUGUCCUGCAGACGAGCGGCGUCACCCUGCAUGUGGAAGCAGAUCCCCGUCUUCUAGAAAUAGGCAUUCGCGUGUUGUUCCCCUUUCUCUCUUCUUCCACGAUUGUGAACCUCAUAAACGUACUGAUGGUGAGGUGAAUGAACUACUGAGUUCAGGCUGAGAUUCAGAUGGUUUUCCUUUUCUUCGGGAGAGUGGAUCUUGCUUUUUCAUCGGUGCUCUUUGUGUUGACCCCCGCCCGCGCCCCCCCCAGGCAUCUUUGACCUGGUCAGAGCUGCCGGGCUCUGGAGGAGAAUCAGGCUGCGCUGGGAACGGUCUCUGUCGUAUUAAUCUUUUAGUAACUGAAGCGUUUCCGGUGGUUUCACUGUUUCCCUCCCGUGUUUCCUUCCUGGCCGCCUGUCCCGCGAACUCUCCUGGUCGCUGCUGGG